GAUCGCCAACGAAACGUCAUGCACCUGUGCAUUGUAGCACUGAUAGUUUUAUUCAAUUUAUGAUAUUUCCUGGCAUUCCUCUGGAUUUUUUCUCAACGAAUGAUAGAUUUGUAAUCAUCAGAAAAUCAAAAGAUUGAACAUGUCAAAAGUUACGAAACGGAAGCAUGUGACGAAGGAAGUGCAAGAGGACUUGAGUAUUCCCAUGGAAUCACAAACGAUAGUGCAACUCGUCGAUUCGCGAGGCAAUAAUCUACACGAGGUGGUAGAUAGCUCAGGACUGCGCUAUCUCGUUUCCAUGCCUGUGAAAUUUAGAAGGAAUAUAUGGGUCAAAAGGGGAGAUUACAUUCUGGUCGAGCCAAUACCCGAAGGUGACAAAGUCAAGGCAGAGAUUGUAAAAAUACUUACAAAAGAGCACAUAAGGUAUUAUCGAUCUCAGGGGUGUUGGCCAAACAAAUUUAAUGAUUCAAGUCAACUGAGCGAGGCAUCGAAUCAAAAUGGUAAUAGUACUGGCGAGGAAGAGGAGGAGGCUAUUUUUGUGAAUACCAAUCGUAGAAUUCCGAACCCGGAUCAUGAUGCUGCAAAUUUGAAUUCCAGUUCAGAGAAUUCAGAUUCAGAUUGAAAGAUGUAAUUUAAUAGAUAUCGUAAUGUAUAUCGUAAUUUUAUCGUUGGUAUCGGCGUGUAAUAUUUUGAUAAUUUUAUAGAGGAUAGGGAUAGUUUACCGAAGUUACGAUUCUGCCAUUACUGGACAUUUCAGGGUUAAAUAUAAAUACGUUGAAACAAACAUCUUCAAUAUACGAAAUGGAGGUAAAAGUGGAAACGUAAAUUCAAGGGUAGAGUUAUAUAAUAUUCACAUUUCUGUAAUAUUGUUUUGUCAUCUUCAUAGAAAAUUUCAUGUAUGAUUCAAUCAACUUCUCAAUGAACUUCUCAAUGAACAUGAGAAAUUAAGUAAUGUAUGUCUGAAUUAGUGAUUAUAUUUCCGAUAAUAGUUCAGUUCAAAAUAGGAAAAUAUCGUAAAAGUAGAAGUGACUGAAGAAAAACAUGAUUACUGAAGAAUUAAUU